AGCAGACUUUUAUAGUCGGCGGAUGAGGGCGCCUCACCGCCGUUAGACACCCACAUACUUUCUCUCUGCGCGUCCAUUUGAACCGGACUAGAUGAUGAGCGCCAAAUAAGACGAAACCCGUCUACAGGAAAAAAGUUCGCUCCCGAUUCAGUUUUUCGGUGAUGUGAAAACCUCGAGUGGAGGAGAUCUUUACCGGACACGGGCCGAAGGGAAAACUGCAGGAUUCGUGCCUGUUGGAGCUCGCGCUGACCAUCAAAUGACCAACUUCUGAAAAGUCGAUCUGGGCUGUUCUUGCAGUUUCUCAGCUCGAAGCUUCGCAACAAUAUCAUGGCUGUCUUGCUCUCCUCCAACCUAUUUCUCAUACUCCUGGUUUCUGCUUUGGAUUGGCUGCCCACUCCUGCAUCUGCAUUUCUCAUUGACUGGGAUCGCACAACAUCAUCAGCUACCCUUGGACCUCACUUCACAGACUGCAUCUCAAGGGACCAGGAAACUUUCCGCUGCUGGUGGAGUCCAGGCAGCCUCCAAAACCUGUCCUCUCCUGGAGCACUGAGAGUAUUUUACCUAAAGAAAGAUUCCCCCACCAGUGAAUGGAAGGAAUGUCCUGAAUACAUCCAUGAAAACAGAGAGUGUUUCUUUGAUGCCAACCAUACAUCCGUUUGGAUCCCCUACUGCGUUCAGCUUCGUGGCCAAAACGUCACCUAUUUCAAUGAAGACGACUGCUUCACAGUGGAAAAUAUAGUGCGUCCUGACCCGCCCGUGUCUUUAAACUGGACCCUGCUGAACAUAAGCCCCUCUGGCCUCAAUUACGAUGUCUUAGUCAGCUGGAAGCCCCCGCCCUCUGCAGACGUUGGCGUGGGCUGGAUGCGCAUUGAGUAUGAAAUCCAGUACAGAGAGAGGAACGCCACCAACUGGGAAGCAUUGGAGAAGCAGCCACACACCCAGCAGACGAUCUACGGCCUGCAAAUAGGAAAAGAAUACGAAGUGCACAUCCGCUCCAGGAUGCAGGCCUUUGUGAAGUUUGGAGAGUUCAGUGACUCCAUCUUCAUUGAAGUUACAGAAAUUUCCAGUAAAGAUUCUACUGUCCCAUUCACUUUAGUUCUCAUUUUUGGGGUUGUGGGGGUCCUGAUUGUCAUCAUGCUGAUAGUCAUUUCUCAGCAGCAAAGAAUAAUGAUGAUUCUCUUGCCACCUGUUCCUGCACCCAAAAUCAAAGGCAUUGAUUCAGAAUUGUUGAAGAAGGGGAAACUGGAGGAGCUGAAUUUUAUCCUGAAUGGUGGGGGUGUGGAUGGCCUGCCAGCCUAUGCAACAGAUUUCUACCAAGAAGAGCCGUGGGUGGAGUUCAUUGAGGUGGAUGAGGAGGAUGCAGAAGGUGGAGAUAAAGAAGACAAUUAUAAUUCAGACACUCAGAGGCUCAUUGGUCUCCCACACAGGAAUGUAGAGGGUUUCAGCGCCAUUAGCCACCCUGACGAUGACUCAGGCCGGGCCAGCUGUUACGACACAGAUCUGCCGGAACAUUUGGCGUCCCUGCUGCCAGGCCAACCUGAGGACAACAAAACCUGCCUAGAUGCCCCAGCUUCAGAGACGGGUGAAAAGCCCCUCAUCCAAACUCAAAUCGGAGGACCACAGACUUGGAUCAACACAGACUUAUAUGCCCAGGUCAGCAAUGUUAUGCCAUCUGGGGGGGUUGUGCUGUCCCCCGGCCAACAACCUAAAAUCCAGGAGAACACCUCAAGUUCAGAGAGGGAAACACAGAAAGGAGGAAAGCAAAAUGAAGAUGUUGAGGGCAUCAAGGAGCAGAAGAGAAACGAGCCCCAGUUUCAGCUGUUUGUACUGGUUCCAGAGGGAAGUGGCUACACCGCCGAGAACAACACCCAGCAGACCAGCACUCCUCCCAGCACUUCGGUGCCUGGGGCAGGGUACCAAACCAUACAGCCUCAGCCAAUGGAGACCAAACCUGCAGCCACAGGAGACACCAACGAGUCCCCUUAUAUUCUCCCCGAGCCUUCCCAGUCUCAGCUCUUUACCCCUGUUGCAGACUACACAGUGGUGCAGGAGUUAGACACGCAUCGCAGUCUGCUCCUUAACCCGCCUCACAGCCAAUCUCCCUCUUUGUGCCAGCCACAGCAUCCUCUCAAAGUCCCAAUGCCUGUAGGGUACGUCACCCCAGACCUGCUGGGGAAUCUCGCACCAUGAGUGGACAGGACCAUUAGACUUUAACUACAGUUACAGGCUUAUUGGACAGGACGUCAAUAUGAAGUCACCCUACCUGAUUCCUGAUAACCACCAAAAAAACUUAAAAACCUGCAGGGCACUGGAUGAAUAAGUGUGUGAAUUAACCAGAUGAUACAGAGGGGAGAUAUACAGGUACAUCUCAACAAAUUAAAAUGUAAUUGAAAAUGUUUUUUCAGCAAUUCUAUUUAAGAAGUAAAUGUAAAAACUUAAAUAGUUUGAUUUGACACAGAAUGAUAUUGAUCAAGCAUUUGUUUCUGUCAAUUUUGAUGAUUAUGUCAUAGCUACUGAAAGUCAAAAAUUUGGUUUCCCUGAAAAUGUUAGCAUUCUAUAUUUUCAUUAUUUAUUGGCCUGAUGUAAUAAUUUUUUUACAAACUAAACUUUGGAUUGUCAUUGCCUUUAAUCAAACUUGAGAAACUUGAGAAACAAAUGCAAUAUAUAUGUCUCUUUGUGUGUAAUAAAUGUACAUAAUAUAUGAGGUACACUUAAAUUGAAUUGCUGAAACAAAUUAACUUCUUAACAGUAUAGCAAUUUAUUGAGAUGCACUAAAAACUGUACUCUUACAUUAGUCCCCACUUAAUCGCUGAAUUUUUGGCCGAAACACACUAAGGGUAAUAACAUCACAAAAACAUCACAAGCAAAAUGCAAAGUUUGUAUCAAUGCAUGAUUGUAGUAAGUGACAAAAUACCUAUAUAUACAGUAUGUGUGAAAAAUUACCUGAGAUUGCCUUACAGUCUUAAUAUUGAAUGUGAAGUCAGUAUAUCAAUGAGGAGAAGAGAAAGACACAGUAGCCAUGUUUUUAACUACACAGUAAUUCGGCUUUGACAGUACUUGUCUUUUUGAGGUUUAAUGCCUAUCACAUUUACUAUAUUCCAAAGUUUCCUAUUUCACCAUGUUAUACUGAUAGUACUUCACAAGAGAUAUAUUUUUAUACAGAACACGAAACGUUUGAACAAAGCAAUGCAGAUUUGAGUCUCUGUCUUUGUUUCUUUAAGAAAAUAAAAGUUUUAUCUUUUAUAGUUUUUGGUUUUAGCUGCACCAAAUGUCAAGAAUUAAACCAAAGUUAGGUUGACCACUAAGGGUUUUUUAAGGGUCACUAGGUUCCAAUUAGGAAUGCAGGGAAAUACUUGCAAAAACAAAUGCAGAUCAUUUACAUGAAAAGGAAACUAAAAUACUUGACUUAAUAAUUCCAAGAUUAAUUUGAAUAGAUUUUGUUGGACUCGUUACACUGUUGAAGUUACUUUAACUAAAAAAAAGUAAUUAAACUAUAUGUUCACAUCAACACAGAACUUUAAGGGUAAGGGUUUAUUUAUUCAGAUUUUCCUUACAUUUGGGAACCAACCUUUUGCCUAUAUAGCGUCCCUCUUCACGCUGCACUAGGGCAAUAGCAUGAGAAUAACAUCCCAUUAGUAGAUAUAGCUUGAGAGUACCUCAGCUGUUUUCUCCAUGCCCCAAAUGUGGGGCAUGACUUCAACCUGAAAUAUUAUUUUGCGGUAACCUAAUAAUAUCCAAACAUUAUUUGAUAUCCUAGUUUUCAUAGGGCAGUCUUCUGCUAAUGGAAGGCAAAAGGUGGUUCAACAUGUGUCACAGAACCAGCAGCAGCCCCAAGUUGCUUGACGGUACAUUGUUUUGAUUCAUUAAACAAAAGUAAGGGAACAUUCAUGUUAUGAAAUUAUUGCAUUUUAAGCUUUCUGCAGAGGAACUGUUUUCUACAUUGUUAUUGCAGAGACAGCAACUGGAAUAAGUUGACUGUGAAAGUGUACCAUAGAUGUUACUAGCUUACACAGUACUUAUCUGCCACAUUCACUAUGUAACAACCUAUGCUUGUUGGAGUAUUAUGGUUUGUUUAAUUGCUAUGGUACUAUGCUAAUGUGGUUUAGAUUUCUGCAUAUCAGUUAACAAAAGGUACCUCUGUUUGCUAUGUAUAGAUGAAUUGAUUUAUAUCUUCUCUGUGCCAACAAACAGUUAAAAAUCAACACAAAACAUGCA